CGGACUUUUUUAACAAAUCACGAGUCCAAUCCAAAACACAAUCGGACUUACUAUUAGGCCCGAGAUCAGACCCGCGGGUCUAAUUACAUGACCAAACCUAACCGGGGUGCGGGUCGGUAGACGCUACAUCUAGAUCCUUGAUUGUUUAUCCAUACGAAUGCUGAAAUGCAAGUAUUGAGAAAGCUCCGUACAUGAGCUCUCCAGCUAAGCAACCGCAGUGAAAACAUCAAAUCCGUCUCUUCCACAUAACAACUCUUCCGUUGUCUCACAUUGCGCCCCACAAACGCCUUACAGUAUAUUCAACCGUGUAUUAGGAACAUCUCCCACUGAGAAUUUCGGUAGAUACUCUCAAUGCACGCUGAGAUGUGCAUGUGGAGCCUAUACGCUACCGCUCUGACACUGUCAAACAGGAGGCCCACGAUACUCUGCCACUCGAUCACCAUUCGACACGUUUCAAAAACAAUCAUAACCAUCAAUCUCAACCGUCUAUUCUUGAAUCGUAAAAAUCGGUAUUAUGUACGGCAGGAGGUGGGGUGUUCGGUACCAUAAAACUCCUCUUUCGCAGACAGAAGACUCGUGUUUCCAGCCUGGCUUGUCACAAUUUUUUUCCUUCUCUCUCUUGCUGGAUUACACCACCGCACCACCACCCACGAUGUCGCCGAAACUUCGGUUUUUUCUCGUUGUCCUGCCUUUCCUUCUAGUAUCCGCCACCGCCGCCACCAAGCCCCUGCCGUUGACCACCACCGGAGGCCUCCCCAAGUUCAGAGAAGCUCCAGCCUUUAGAAACGGCAUCGAGUGUCCCAAAGCAAACCCAUCAUCCAUUAUCCACAUAGCCAUGACUCUCGACACCACCUACCUCCGUGGAUCUGUUGCCGGCGUCCUUUCCGUCCUCAAGCACGCCUCCUGUCCUGAAAACAUAGUCUUCCACUUCCUUGCCUCUCACCGCCGAGCAGAGCUGCGACGUACCAUUCUUACCACCUUCCCGUACCUCAACUUCCAGGUCUACCACUUCGACACCAAUCUCGUCAAAGGCAAGAUUUCAUCCUCCAUCCGUCGAGCACUGGAUCAACCCCUCAACUACGCGAGAAUCUACUUGGCUGAUCUCCUCCCCUCCGGCAUCCGUCGGAUUAUCUACUUCGAUUCUGAUCUCAUUGUGGUCGACGACGUGGCUAAGCUCUGGGCAAUCGAACUGGGCACCCACGUUCUGGGCGCACCCGAGUACUGCCACGCCAACUUCACCAGUUACUUCAACGAUAAGUUCUGGUUCGACCCAUUUUUCUCCCAAACGUUUCGUGGCCGAGAGCCGUGUUAUUUCAAUACUGGCGUGAUGAUCAUCAAUAUCCGCAGAUGGAGGGAAGGGAAAUACACAGAGAAGCUAGAAUCAUGGAUGAGGAUUCAGAAGCGGCAGCGAAUAUACGAGUUGGGCUCCUUGCCUCCAUUUUUGCUGGUCUUUGCCGGAGAUGUGAGAGGGGUGGAGCACAGGUGGAACCAGCAUGGUCUUGGUGGGGAUAAUCUGGAAGGUUUGUGCAGGGAUCUGCACCCCGGACCGGUGAGUCUACUACACUGGAGUGGGAAGGGGAAGCCAUGGCUGAGACUGGACUCAAGACGGCCGUGCCCGUUGGAUAGCUUGUGGGUGCCCUACGAUUUGUUCCGCCAUGAGCCAUUAUUUCCGGACAGCUAAUUAAUCAGUCGGCAUUGUAAAGAUUGAUGCAUGAUCGUUCAUGGCGGAAGCUUCUUGUAUAUAAGUGGGAUGACGGAUGCAUGGAAUGGGAGGGAUCAGAAAAAAGGAGAGACCAAAAGAGUGAGAAGCAACGGAGACAAGAAGAUAAAAGGAGAACAGUGAUGCAAGUGAAGGAGCUUCUUGGAUUGAGUUCUGACUGGUGUGCUGUACAGCGUAAAAGAUUGAACAGAUGAUUUAGGAUCAUUAAGGGUCCUGAUUAACGGAAGAUAAGGAUGAGUGAUGAUGAUCUAUAUAUAUAUAUAUAUAUAUAUAUAUAUAUGUAGAGCAAUGGCUAGAGAUUAAGAAAUAUUCUUCAUUGGAGUGGGCCCAGAAGAUUUUUGAAAUUUGAGUGAUGUGAAGCUAAUUUUCCAUUUUGGAUGAUUUUGUUUCCAAAUUCCAAAGUGUGCAUAUUGUGAUUACUAUUAUUAUUAAAGAUUCUUAAUUAUUGGAGAUUUUAUUUUGAGUUCA